AUGGCCGAGCACCUGGAGCUGCUGGCAGAGAUGCCCAUGGUAGGCAGGAUGAGCACCCAGGAGCGGCUGAAGCAUGCCCAGAAGCGACGUGCCCAGCAGGUAAAGAUGUGGGCCCAGGCUGAGAAGGAGGCCCAUGGCAAGAAGGGCCGCAGGGAACAACCAUGGAAGGAGGUGUCUGGCCUCGGGCCUCGGAAGCAGGUCUUCUUCCCUCCCAGCGUGGCACUUCUGGAGGCGGCUGCCCGAAACGACCUGGAGGAAGUCCGCCAGUUCCUUAGUAGUGGGGUUAGCCCCAACCUGGCCAACGAGGACGGCCUGACUGCACUGCACCAGUGCUGCAUCGAUGACUUCCAAGAGAUGGCCCAGCAGCUCCUGGAGGCUGGGGCUGACGUCAAUGCUCGGGACAGUGAGGGCUGGACGCCGCUGCACGCUGCAGCUACCUGCGGCCAUCUGCAUCUGGUGGAACUCCUCAUUUCACGUGGUGCAGAUCUCCUGGCAGUCAACACCGAUGGGAACAUGCCCUACGACCUGUGUGAGGAUGAACAGACACUGGAUUGCCUCGAGACGGCCAUGGCCAAUCGUGGUAUCACCCAGGACAGCAUUGAGGAGGCCCGGGCAGUGCCAGAGCUGUGUAUGCUGAACGACCUCCAGAGCCUACUGCAUGCUGGGGCCAACCUCAGUGACCCUUUGGACCAUGGGGCCACUCUGCUGCACAUCGCCGCUGCUAAUGGGUUCAGUGAGGUGGCUGGCCUGCUGCUGGAGCAAGGAGCCAGCCUGAGCGCUAAGGACCAGGAUGGCUGGGAGCCUCUGCACGCUGCAGCCUACUGGGGCCAGGUGCACCUGGUAGAAUUGCUUGUGGCCCAUGGGGCUGAUCUGAAUGGAAAAUCUCUGGUGGACGAGACGCCCCUCGAUGUGUGUGGUGAUGAGGAAGUGAGAGCCAAACUGCUGGAGCUCAAACACAAACAAGAUGCACUCCUGCGGGCCCAGGGCCGACAGCGCUCCCUGCUUCGCCGGCGGACCUCUAGUGCGGGCAGCCGUGGGAAGGUGGUGAGACGAGUGAGCCUGACACACCGCACCAACCUGUAUCGCAAGGAGCAUGCGCAAGAGGCCAUCGUGUGGCAGCAGUCACCACUCACCAGUCCAGAACCUCCAGAGGAUGAGGACAGGCAGACAGAUGCUGAGCUCCGGCUGCAGCCCCCGGAGGAAGACAGCUCUGAGGUGGCCAGACCACACAAUGGCCAAGCAGGGGCCCUCCCGGGGAAGCACCUGUACUCUAAGCGUCUGGACCGGAGUGUCUCCUAUCAGCUGAGUCCUGCGGAGAGCGCUGCCCCUGAAGCCCUGGUCCGGGACAAGGCACACCACACACUGGCAGAGCUUAAACGUCAGCGGGCAGCUGCAAAGCUCCAGCGACCUGGCCCGGAAGGGCCCGAGACCUUUGAACCUGGCCUGCCUGUUGACACUGAGACCUCCCAGCCUGACUGUGGCUUCAGGACAACUGGGGACCCACCCCUGCUCAAGCUCACCGCCCCCUCGGAGGAGGCUCCUGUGGAGAAGAGGCCAUGCUGUUUGCUCAUGUGAAAUGUGAUUCCUCAGUAUGGCAGGGUUCAACCCCAUGCCCAGCCAGAGGCUUCCUCAUGAUCUCUGGCCUGGUGGCCCACUCCAGCACGUGCCCAGUGCUGUAGGGGAGCCAGCACAGAGCCUGUACCCGCUUCCAGCCCAGGACACUGGCCACCUUGCUCAGGGAUGGACUAUGCAGAGCUGUACCUGUGGGCCUCGGGCCACAGACUGCUUAUCCUGUGACUCUUGAUAAAGGCGGUUUGCCACUGA